ACUGUUUUGUGGUCAAUGCAUAAUAUUUUGUUCUGUGACAAUUUCAGUAUUUUAUUACCAUUAUAUUUUAUUAUGGUUGCGUGUUUAACAAAUUGUAUAUUUCUUAAAAAAACAAUCAAAAAUUAGUUUUCCUAACGCUUCGCGACAAUUAUUUUUGCUUGUUAUAUAUACUUUUUUUUUAAAAUAUAUAACAGUUCCUGCUAACCAUUUGGAAAUCCGUUAUUUGUCCAUCUGAUGUAUAAAUAUCCUUUAUAAUUGGAAAAUGCACCUUAACGCGGAUAUUUCUAGUGCUUUGCAACUAUUGGAAGACAUAAAGCAAACAGUUGACAACUUAGGAGACCCAAAACUUCAAUUAAAUACAAGUCAGGACUUACAUCUGUUAAUAAGCGUUUUGGAGAAUCCAGUCUUUCGGAGUAUAGUUACUGUACAGGAUUCAAUAAGUGAAUUAAAUCAGCAGCUUGGACAGCAUCCUUCAAUUUUACCAGUUGAUUUUGAUAUCACAGCUGCAGGUGAAUUAGUGUUGAAUGUACCUCCAGCAGGUGAAUUAUAUGAUCCAGAUUAUACAGAUGAUUAUCCACCUAAUAGAGAUUUUGAUGAACAAAGGGUACCUUCUGCACCUAUUUCACCCAAUUCUCCUCAAAUACCAAUUUUAAAUAAUUCUGAGAACCAUAUGUUAUUAGCCAAUAGCCCAAAACUGAAUAGUGAACUAAGCAAUCCUGAGUCAUUACACCUCAUACAGAAUAACUCAAAUGAUGAUGAACUUCAACGAUCUCCUUCUGUGGGAAGUAAUAGCUCUAAAACUGAACCUGAUUUAAUAAAAUUAAUAAAGAGUGAAUGGUCUCAGAUUGAAAACAUUACCCUUGUCAAUGAUGGAUCUGGCUUAGGGUUUGGUAUUUUAGGAAUGAGAAAUAUGGGUAUAGUGGUAAAAACAAUUUUGCCUGGUGGUGUUGCAGAUCGUGAUGGGAGAUUACACAGUGGUGAUCAUAUUCUGCAGAUUGGUGAAGUGAAUCUUCAAGAAAUGAAUUCAGAGGCAGUAGCUGGUGUUUUACGACAAUCUGGUACUCAUGUGAGAUUGGUAGUUGCCAGGCCAGUACCCAUAACUUCCACUGAAUAUAGGUAUCUGGGAAGUGCUGCACCCCUUGUUCCUACACAUUUACUACAAGAUUUUGUCGAGUUGGAUAAUUAUCUUAUUCAGCAUAAUCAUGAACCAGUUUUUCAAAGAAACAUUGAUACAGAUUUGUAUCACAAUGAUGUAUCUAUGCCAUAUGGAAGUUCUGGGUUAUCUAGAGUUCGAGCGUCAUCUUCUCUACCAUUACUAAAUUUAGAUAUGGUUGUAAAAAUGCCAGAAAUGGAAAAGUUUGAUGUAGAAUUAGAGAAAGAUGCUAAUGGUUUGGGUAUUACAAUUGCUGGUUAUGUAUGUGUUAAAGAAGAGCUCUCUGGAAUAUUUGUUAAAAGUGUUAAUAAAGGUAGUGCAGCAGAUUUAAGUGGCAAAAUUAAAGUAAAUGAUCGAAUUGUGGAAGUUGAUGGCCAAUCAUUACAAGGAUAUACCAAUUUUCAAGCUGUUGAAGUAUUGAGGAAUUCUGGAAAUGUAGUCAAAUUAUGUUUAGAGAGAUAUCUACAUGGGCCCAAAUACGAGCAACUACAACAAGCUAUUGCUGCUAGCGAGAUAAAACCUGUGUCUCCACCUGAUGUAUCACGAUUUCUCAAAGAAGAAGGGACAUUAAUUCUAAAUGGUAGUAAUGUUCAUGAUUCCAGUCAGGUCCAUAAGGAAAAUUACAAUGUGUUUUCAAAAAACGAAGCUAUAAAUGAAGAAGCUCUUCAAAAGAAGUGGCAAAAAAUAAUGGGCCCAGAUACUGAAAUAAUUAUAGCACAGUUAACCAAAUUUGGAGAGAAAGGAGGAUUAGGCAUUAGUUUAGAAGGCACUGUAGAUGUAGAGGAUGGACAAGAAGUUAGACCACAUCAUUAUAUCAGAUCAAUAUUACCAGAAGGUCCUGUAGGAAGAAAUGGCACCUUAAAAUCGGGAGAUGAAUUGCUAGAAGUAAAUGGCCACAAACUUUUAGGAAUGAAUCAUCAUGAGGUUGUGAGCAUUUUGAAAGAACUACCCAUUAAUGUGUGUAUGGUAUGUGGUAGAAAUCCAUUUAAUUUAUUAGUUCAGAGAGAGGACUCAAUUACAGAACGAGGAUCUUUAAACAGAAGCUUACAUAAUCUUCUACCUGUAUCUGAUAGACUUGUUAAAGCUAAAUCAGAUGGGUCAUUAGCAAGUAGUAUUACAGUAUUAGGAUCCUCAGAUCAAACUUUUACCAAAAUGAAGUCACGUUCACUAGAACCACUAACUGGUUUAGCUAUGUGGAGCUCAGAUCCACAAGUAAUUGAAUUAGUUAAGGGCGAACGAGGAUUAGGAUUUUCAAUUUUAGAUUAUCAGGAUCCUAUUGAUCCAAAUGACACUGUUAUUGUAAUUAGAAGUUUAGUUCCUGGUGGAGUGGCGCAACUUGAUGGAAGAUUAAUCCCGGGUGAUCGUUUGUUAUUUGUUAAUGAUACAUUAUUAGAAAAUGCUUCCCUGGAUCAAGCUGUACAAGCUCUUAAAGGUGCUCCAAGAGGAAUUGUUAGAAUUGGUGUAGCCAAACCUUUACCCAUUCCAGAUACUGUAGGACAUAAUUCCCUAAUUGAUAUUGAGUCAAGGAUGGUAGAAAUUUAUCAAGAAUUGGAAGACAACAAAGAAGAAAAUCGUAUUAGGAGAGUUCUUUUCAACUUCUACUGCAAAUUUGGCACUAAAUGAUGGUGUAAGUUGUCUUUGUUUAAGAUAUUGAGAAGAGAGAAAGUACGUACAAUCCUCUUGAAAUAUAGGUUCGAGAAUUGCCAUAGCAUCAUCUUUACAAAAAGCGAUGGUGGAACUUUACAAACGAUGACAGAAAUAUAGACAACUAUAUUUGGUAAUCGAAUGGUAUGGAAUGGUAAUCGACGGAAUUAGUCACAUAAGUAACUUCACUAGUCGGAUACGUAAUUUUGAUGGAAAUUUUUGGAAAUAGGAUUAUCCGACCAUUUUUUGAAAAUAGAAACUCUGAUGCUAAUAUAAUGGUCGUCUUAACAAGAUGGACGUCGAUAGAUGUCUUUUUGAAUGCCACGCAACUAAAUUGAUUCUUAUUUUCUAUAUAUUGAUAUUUGCGAUUUUUCUUUAGGCUUUAGGCUAUCUCGACUAUUUACCGGCGACUAAUUUCCUCAUAAGAGCUGGGGCGAAAUAUUACCGAUAAAAGUAAAAUAAAAUAUUAUAGAAUCGUUUUUCUUCGAAAAAUUGAAAAAAAACUUUAUAUUUAUAAGAAAUUUAGCUCACAUGAAGGUUUAUAUCUGAAAUGUUUCAGAAUCAGAAAUUUGGCGAUACCUUAAUAUUUGUAAUAAAAA